UUCGUUCAUUUUACGUACAACCUGGUGAUUGGGGGAGGGGAGCAUGGUCCACGUCGUGACUUGCCAAUCAUCAGCAACUUCUCUGGCCAUCGCAAAGGGGCGCGGUGCCGGUGUGGCUCAAAGCUGCCACCGUCAAUGCAAAUUGCCGAACAUCGACAAGGCGGACAUGGCCAUGUCUACGAAUGCGUUAAUGCUGUGUGCAUUUCUGGGAGCUUGUAGCUCCGUUUGUGUGGGACUCAUGAAGGUGAACCCCAGGAUUUUGGAGGAGCAGUUGCUUUGGCAAAGGAAAGCCACUGGGGAGGUAAAUACUUUCAGAAUACCCAUUAUCACUGAUACGCCAAAAGGAAAUCUAAUUGCUGCAGUGGAGGCUCGGAAAUACUCUUAUUCUGACAAAGGAGCCAAGUUCAUUGCCAUUCGUAGGUCCACUGACAAAGGCUUCACGUGGAGUCCCUCGGAGUUUGUGGCCGAUGAUGGCUCAACUGCCGAUGGCCUCAAUCUGGGCGCGAUAGUCGCCGAUCACGAGGAGGGUGUAUUGUUUAUCAUGUACGUGCGAUGUGCCCACCACCUGAAAUGUGCCGUCUCCAGUACCAUGCUCAUCAGCAGCACGGAUGAUGGCAUCACCUGGAGUAGACCCAUAAAUAUUUCGCGACAGGUUGGCACCGACGCAUUUGCCCCGGGCCCAGGCUAUGGCAUUCAGAAAAGGCACGAGCCCAGGAAGGGGCGCUUGAUUGUGUGUGGACACGGCAUGCUCCUGGCGGAUGGAGUUUUCUGCCUCCUGAGCGAUGACCAUGGAAAGACCUGGUUUAACGGAGGCGUCAUGAAGAGCAUUCCAUACAAGCAAAAGAAAGCGGCCGGUGACUUCAACCCCGAUGAAUGCCAGCCUUACGAGCUGCCAGAUGGCUCUGUGGUGGUGAACGCACGCAACCAGAACUUCUACCACUGCCACUGCCGCAUCGUGAUGCAGAGUUUCGAUGGCGGUGAGACCUUCCCAAUUGAGAAUCUCUAUUUUGACAAGUCACUAAUCGACCCUGCAGUGGCUGCUGGCGCUGUAUUGAAAAACCAAGUUGUGUUCUUUACCAAUCCAGCUAACGGAUCUAAACGCAUAAAUCUGACGCUGAGGUGGAGCUAUAACAAUGGGACGACAUGGCCUGAAUCGCUGCUGAUCUGGCCUGGGCCCAGUGGAUAUUCGGUCAUGGCCAAGCUGGACAAUGACAUAGAGGACAACAACUAUGUCUACAUCCUGUUUGAGAAAGGCCAGGUGGACACUACUGAGUCCAUCUCCUUUGUCAAGGUGCAGCUGUACACACCUAUUUCUGGUCAAUUGUAAAUCGAGUAUUUCAAGAGGAGAUUUUUUUAUUUGUUGCAUACAUCUUUGGGCUGAUAGAUUUUUAGUGUAAAGAUUCCACGUUUUUUUUGGAAUCUUAUUGGAAAAUGUGUCACUUUAUGAUUUCUCAGGGUUCGUGAAAAUCGGGAUUUGUCAGAAAUGUUGAAUGCUGUUUGGUGUCAUACUGUUAAUGUUAGUUUGGGGAAGGAAAAGCUGCUGUUUACACUUUGGUCUUUGGUGAUAAUGUGGAAUAUAUUUAAAUAUUGCUUGUGGUGCUCUACUGUAAAUUGUAAGACAUGGUUCUGCCUUGCAAGCUUAAUGCAAUCACAUUAAACUUUGUUAAAGUUUUUAGAGAUUUGAAUAUUUUUUUGCCAAAAUAAAAACACUGCAAUUAA